UUUUUUGCAUGUUUCUCUUAUGACACUCCUACUCGGUUCUCUAAUUUAAAUUUUGUUUUUCGGGGUUUCGGAAUCUUUUGGGGGUUUGGAAUCAAGUUAUGUGUGUGUCUUAAGCUGUUUUUUUUUGAAACUUGUGAGGGGCUUGGAAUAAUUUUCCACAAAGGUGUGACUAUAAUAAUUAUUUUUUUGGAUUUUGGAACAGAUUAAGUUUUUUGUUCUUGUUUCCCUCUAACAUAAGUAGUACCUUAUAUUAAGCUCACAAUUAGUGUCUAUAAUUCCCUAUUUUCAUUUUUCAGUGGCUCAGUAAUUGUUCGCUGUUAUCCAUUUAAGAGUCAAUAUUACUAUAUAUGAAUAUUGUUUAUGAUCUUAUACGAAAUUCAAUUGCUGCUGUCAACCACUAUGGACGCACUCGUUUUGAUGGAGAAAUUACGCCUAUACUUAUUCAAUCAUAUAAUGGAAAUGUCAAUCCAAUUGUUUGUACUCCUAUGCCCGCGCCAAUUUAUAUUCCACCCGAACGUUUGACGGAUGUCAUACUUUUGCGUGUCCAUUUUAAUUUUCCUCGGCUCUAUAUUUUUUACAAACGUUUAAUCGGUUACACUGUUUUUAAUGUAUUUGAUCGACAUGCUGUAAAAGUUCAUUUUGUUCACGCUGAUUUGACUCGUCCUGAACGUUUACUUCGCAAUCGUUUGCAACAAAUUUGUCAACAAAAGAAUGCUGGACGUUUUAGCUCUGCGCCUCCUAUGCCAGAGCAAAAUGAUAAUUAUAGUUAUGGAUAUUAUCGCAAUUUGUGUCAAACCGGAGAACGUUAUUUCCAUAAUGGAAUACAACUUUAUAAGGAAUAUCCAGGUAGACAAACUGAACCUGUACCUUUUCAACCAUUUUCUGAAUUGCAGUAUUUGCAUGUUAUAGUUGCUUCGCUUCGUAAAUUUGCAGUGAUAUACAACCAGAAGGAAUGUUCAGUAAUUAUCCAAAAUGUUGAUCUCGAUAAUGGGAGUGAUAACGAUGUUGAACGAAUUACUACAUUGGUCUAUAAUGUAGUCAAUACACAAUUGUUUAAAGAACGUUUUCGUGAUCUUCAGAAGCUUCAUAAAGGAAUAUGUUCACCCCAAACAAAUUCCAAUUCUUAUUUGCCUAUUAAAAUUGAACGUGUUGAACGUCUUCCACAACCAAAUUUGAAUAAUAAAAAUGGAAAAGAAGGAGGAGGAACAACAACAAAUGUGGAUAAUUCAACAAUGAAGAAAAGAGGACGUCCACCACUUAUUCGUACAUCUUUUCGAAAUAAGGAAGCGGCACAAGCAUUUUGUCAACUUUUUAAGGAAUGUAAAAAAUUGACAGAACAAAAAGAAUAUGAUGAUACUCAUGAUGGAGAAAAUUCUUCUGAUUUUAAUUCAUAUUCUGAUUUAUCUGAAUCUGAAAUAUUUAUUGGAAAAGGAGAAGGAGAACAAAACAAGGAAAAAACUUUAUCAUCAAAGAAGGAAUUUUUUUUAUCUAUUCAAUGUUUCCGUCCCUGAAGACCUACAACUUUUGAAAGUGAAUAUUUAUCGAGGAAUAAAGGAGAUAUCGAUAGAUUUAAUUGAUUCAGGGGAUAAAGAUUUCUACACCCAGUGUUAUUGUGUACAGUCAUAAUACCACACCAUAGAUCCUACUUGCAUAUAGUUAAUUUAAUCCUAGAUAUACCCUUUUUAAAGUUGUAUGUAGGUCUUCAGAGUCAAUAGCCUGACCUUUAUUUAAACUUUAUUCUAAAAAAUAUUUGUUAGUUAUGCAAUAGAAUCAUUUAUGGGUAUGUUCUGUACUCCAAUGGCAGAUUUAUGGAAUAAAUUAAUUUUAAUUAAAAUUUUUCGUUCAUAUGUUGAACUUCAAGCAAAAGAUUUGUUUACGCGGUUGGAUUUUGAUACUUGGUUAACAAAUGCAAUUUAUCAUCCAAGAACAACAAUAAAAGAGAAGCUCGAAUUAAUUUUGAUUUUUAAUGAGCUAGUUAAUCAUUAAAAAAAGGCUUUUUUGAUCAUUCAAAGAUAGAAAAAAAUGAAAAUAAAUUACAUGUUAAUCUUGAAAGAAGGAAACAACUUUUAUUAACUAAAUUAAAAAUAAAUAAACAAAAGAUAGUUGAAUAUUUAAGAACUAAUUUGUGUUUUGAUAUCGAAAAUGAUGUAAGAAGAAGAGACGAAAUUGUUUUAGAAUUAUUAGAUAAUGAA